AUGAAUACAUUUAAUAAAAAUUUAUAUAUUAAUAAAUAUAAAAAAUUAUUAAAAUAUUAUAAGAAUAAUAUUAAAAUUAAAUAUAUUUUAUAUAGAAAAAAUAUUUUAAUUUUAAAAAAAUUAAGAUAUUUAAAUAUAAUUUAA